UUAAUCAUCACAUCAUACCACUUUUCUAUUUAAUUAUCUCAUUAUCUACACACAAACUCAUAAACAAAUGAGAAUAAAAUUGCAUAAAACUUUUACAUCAAUGCCUGCCAACUAGCCUCAUCUUUUUCUUUCUUUUAAAAGCUUGCACUUGUCUUCAAUCUCAUUCCGACAAAACCUCUCAAAGCAGCUACUUCUUGUAAACUUCCACUUCCACCACACCAAAAGCAAAGAAAAACCAUUAAUGGCUUUCGACCCCAUAACAGCAGAAGAUGACUACAUCGACAUGGAAGUUGGUUCCUACUCCAACUUCUUCUGUAACUCAAUAGUACCUUCUCCAAGAGAGUUUGAAUUCCAAAUGUCUUCCACACCAAAAGAAAGAGAUUACUCAACCAUGACAACAUCCCCUGCAGAUGAACUUUUUUACAAAGGAAAACUUCUUCCUCUUCAUCUUCCACCUCGUUUACAAAUGGUCGAAAAACUACUCCUUCAAAACUCCAAACCCAACUUCAUCUCAUCAUUUGAUCAUAUGAUGAGUCAAGAAGAAAGCUUAUUUGGUUGUGGUGAUGAAUUCUACAGCACCCCUUUAAUGACAACAGCACCAACACCAACAGCAACAAGUACUCCAUUCGAGUCCUGCAAUAUCUCACCUUCAGAAUCUUUUCGCAUGAUCAAUGACUCGACAGAGGAGGAGUACAUGAUGAUGAACAAGUGUUACUCCACAGAGCUUAGUGACUUCACCAAUGGUGGUCUUAACAAUGGUAGUAAAAAAUCUUGGGGUAAAGCUAAAAAGCUCAAGAACUCAUCUUCUUCUUCUUCCUCCUCACUUGGGUCGAAGCUUAAAGCUUCCAAGGCUUACCUCAAAUCUUGGUUUGGGAAAUCAGGUUGUUCCAACGAAUCAUCCACAGCUUCGAAAGACAUAGCAGAGAAGAGAUCAGUCGUCUCAUUUGGGCAAACUGAGAAAGAAAAGAAGGCAAAGAUUAGUAACACUGAUCAAGUAGAUGGUGGUGGUCGCCAUAGAAGAUCAUUCUCUUUGGCUUUUUUAAGAUAUUCAACAUACAAGUCCAGUUCAUCUUCUUCUUCAUCAUCAUCAUCAGCAUCAUCUACAUCAUCAUCUUCCUCUGGUUCAUCUUCUUUUUCUUCUUCUAACAUUUGUAAUAAUCAAGAAUUAAAACAGUUGAAGAGAUGUGGGAGUGUUAAGCAUUCUGAGAUUGAGAACUCGAUUCAAGGAGCUAUUGCACACUGUAAACAAUCUCAGUUUCAUUCUAGAAACACUGUCAAUGUUGACAAAGUUGGAUUAUGUGAAGAACAUGAUACAGUACCAGAAGGACUUUCCAGAGGAUGAGAGAGAUCAAAGUACAGAUUUUUUUUUUUUUUGGGUUUAAUAUUUUAUUUUUUUGACUCCCCUUUUUGAUUAUGCUGUAAUUUUUCUUUGAUUUUUGUAUUUCAUAAAUUUGACAAAAGAGAUUCUGUUUAAUUCUGAGUUAGUGUACUUGUAAAAUGUCAAAACAACUAAAGUUGCUGGGACAAGCUUUUCUGUCUGAUCAAAUUAAUUAAUGAUUGGUAAUAAAGAGACACUUUGAUUAUUAUCAAAA